GGCUAGGCUAGGCGUCUUCUAUGAUUGAUAAUCAGGGUUUGGAGGAGGGGAGCGCAUGAUCGUGUUCGCUGCCGCUGCCCUCGCGCUAGGUAGGAUUCUGGCCUCUCUCGAUCUUUCCAGGCUUCUGGUGCUAGAAAUUUGUCCAUCGCGGGGUGUGUGAGGAUCACGGAAUGCGCGUGAUUGCGCCGCAUUGUGGCCCCGGCGUCGCUGUUGGCGUGGAGAUUUAUAGCGGAGGGGAGCUCGCGGCGGUGGAUUUCUAGCGGAUAAGCGGCGCCAUGAAGGGUUUCUUCAAGCACAAAUCCAAGUCGCCGGCGGAUCUAGUGCGGUCGGCGAGGGAGCUGCUCCAGGCGCUCGAUCAUGUCAACUCCCUCAAGGAUUCCAAGAGAGAGGAAAAGAUCGCGGAGCUGUGCAAAAACAUUCGAGACAUCAAAAUCUCGCUAUAUGGGAACAAUGAAUUUGAUCCUGCGCCGGACUCGUGCGCGCAAAUCACACAGGAGAUUUUCCAGCACGACACGUUUCGAUUGAUGAUAGUUUGUCUACCGAAGCUGGAGCUCGAGGCUCGAAAGGAUGUGACCCAGAUUGUUGCGAACUUACAGAGGCAGCAAGUCCAGUCGAAAGUCUUGGCUUGCGAAUACCUGGAAAGGAACAAGGAUUUGCUGGACAUGCUCAUCCUUGGAUAUGAGAAUGCGGAUCUUGCAUUGCACUACGGGACGAUGUUUCGGGAAUGCAUCCGGCAUCAAAGCAUGGCGCGGUACGUCCUGGAAUCCAGUCACUUCAAGAAGUUUUUCGAGUACAUCGAGCUGGCAAACUUUGCUGUCGCUUCGGAUGCCGCUGCGAGUUUCAAGGAGCUUCUUACGAGACAUAAAUCUACUGUGGCUGAGUACCUGGCAAGAAACUACGACUGGUUUUUUCAAGAGUACAACACGAGGCUUUUAGAAUCUCCAAACUACAUCACAAGGAGACAAGCUGUCAAGCUUCUCGGGGAUAUGCUCCUGGAUAAAUCAAACACUGCAGUGAUGAUGCGCUAUGUCGUGUCAAAAGAGAACCUUCGAAUCAUGAUGAAUCUUCUGCGGGAACCGAGCAAAAACAUCCAGAUCGAAGCCUUCCACGUUUUCAAAGUGUUCGUAGCCAAUACCAACAAGCCACCGGAGAUCGUGAGCAUCCUGGUAGCAAACCGGAGCAAGCUACUUCGAUUCUUCAGCGAUUUCAAGACAGAGCAAGAAGACAAGCAUUUCGAUCAGGACAAAGCGCAAGUCGUCAAGGAGAUUGUAAAUUUGGAGCCGAGAGAUAUGAUAUAAGAAGUCGUGGAGAGAAUAAAAGGAAAAAAUCUCGUAUUUGCCAUCUGGCGGCGCCGCUA